CGUGGCCCCCAGUGCAUUCACCAUUAUCUCCAUGCUCCCAGGGAAGUUGUGGUCACCAGCUCUCACUCACCGGACUUCACCUACUUCACAGGACAGCUCCGCUUGUCUGGGUGUUGUCACCUUCCGCCUGGAAGGUGUCCUGGAGGUGUGGCUGCCAUAGUCCACCCGUUACCACAAGCAGACUGCAGUGUCACCAGUGCUGUUCCGGGUUUGCGAGGGUCUUGGUGUCGAGAGCUUUUGAAGUCUGUCAUCAGCACAGAAGUGAGUCGUGGGUGGAUUAUCAGUAAUUACCGGCAACCUUAGAAGCGAGGCAGACGACAGGUGACAAGGGACUAAACACUCAAACACCAGUCUACCUGUUGUGUUCUCAAAGGCUACUCUGGUUCCUCUUUGAAUACAACUCACUGUGGGUGUGAUCCUAUCACGAGAUACCAGCCGGGUGUGAUCGUCCUGUGGUGUUUGUGCAAAUCACAACAACUUCUUGGUGCAGCUGCACUAGUCGCCAGAUUCCCAUGCGGAGGUGUGCACGUGCCACUUGCAGGUCAGAGGUCGGGUCAGAGGGCGGACUGCGAGGUGGCCUCGAGGUGGUGCAUGGAUACUGACCGCCUGCUUCCCGACACAGCCUCUCGUCUGAUCCUCCCUUUCAUCCUCCCCCUCUUGGUGCACUUACAGGCGCCAUGCCCACCCAGACGAGCGCCAAGGAGAUCUGUGCGGGGUGUCAAUGCCCCAUCGAGGACCGCUACCUGCUGCGCGUCAUGGACAACUCGUGGCACGAGACCUGCCUGCAGUGCGCCGUCUGCCGCAAGGCCCUCGUCGCCUCCUGCUUCGCCCGCGACCGCAAACUCUACUGCAAGGCCGACUACGACAAACUGUACGGGACGAAGUGCAGCGCGUGCCUGCAGCUCAUUCCGGCGCACGAGCUGGUGAUGCGAGCAGCCGGGUGUGUGUACCACCUUCCCUGCUUCACGUGCGUUGCGUGCGGUCAUCGCCUGCAGAAGGGCGAUGAGUUCGUCGUUAAGGACGGUCAACUCUUCUGCCGCCUCGACUUCGAGAAGGAGUACACACUCAUGCCACUCAGCCCCAAGAGUGACGCCAGCGACCUCGGGUACGAGGAGGACUGUGGAGACGCUGGGAGCAGCAAGGGCCCCAAACGGCCGCGCACCAUCCUCACUACGUCACAGCGACGAAAGUUCAAGGCCUCCUUCGAGGUCAACCCUAAACCGUGUCGAAAGGUUCGGGAGUCACUGGCAGCGGAAACGGGCCUCAGUGUACGAGUGGUGCAAGUCUGGUUUCAAAACCAACGGGCAAAGGUAAAAAAGAUGGCACGAAAACAGAACAUCGAAAGCAACAACAACAACAGCAACAGUAGCAACAACAACAGCAGCGGUAAUGGCGGUGGUGGUGGAGGAGAGAGCAAGAAGACCGGCCAGAAGGCCGGCCAGAAGCGGAAGAGCAAAGAGGAGGACAGCGACUCUUCCGACUGCGCCAUGAACCCCAGCAGCAACGACAGCGGCCUGCCGAGCUCCAUGUUCACCACCCAGGGUCUGGGCGAGUCAGUGUACCCGGACACCCCGAUGGGACUGGAGGACAACGUGGAGGGACUAGACCACAUGUUGCUGGGGGAAGCGAACGGCCAUCCCAGCCUGGGCUCCAUGGGUCAGAUCAUCAACCCCAUAGACAAACUUUAUUCCAUGCACACUUCUUACUUCAACGGCGAGUGACCUGGAGUCCAGCAGCAGAUGUGGUCAAAUAUUCGGGACACCUGGUGAAGUGCAGAGCUCAAGACUGAUGCACUCAGUGUUGCUGGAUUGUGCAGAGGUAUUUUGGAGAAACAGUCUUCAGAAAAUUCUUCCACAAGAGCUCGAUGACUUUCAGCUGAAAAUAACAGCGACUGGCAAGCGCUAGUGAGAGAGUGCACUUUGAUACAAUGGACUGAAGCAGACUGCCCUUAAUUAAGCAUACCUUGUUUGCGACAGGUGUGUGUCUUGCUUAUAAACAUUGGUAGUAGUUAAGGGAAGUUUUCUUCCACCAAAAAUAUCUCGUGAUUUGUGGGGACACGAGCGUGUGUGUGCUUCUAAGUAGAGUUUUUCGACUGCAAUUUGCAUCCCUGAUUUGAUGGAGAAUUUCUCAGUUCUUAGAACAAAUAUCUUUGUUGAGCUUGAAAGAACUAGAAAUGGAAUCACGACUGACUGACUGAAUCUCAGAGUCUAUGAAAGGGUUUU